AUGGAGGUUGAAAUUACUUCAAAGGAAUGCAUCAAACCCUCUUCUCCAACACCCCCUAACUUGAAAACCCAAAAGCUUUCCCUCUUGGACCAGUUGAUGCCUGCAGUCUAUUAUCCCACGAUCCUCUUUUACCCCAUGAAUCAAAGCACAGGUUGUGCUUGCUCUGAUGAUGUCGAGUACUCUCAAAGAUCUCAAUUACUAAAGCAAUCUUUAUCAGAAACCUUGACUCGCUUUUACCCAUUUGCUGGAAAAGUCAAAGAUCAUCUCUCUAUUGAUUGUAAUGAUGAGGGGGCUUACUAUUCAGAAGCAUGUGUAAAUUGUAGUCUUGUUGAUUGCCUUGAUCAGCCUGAUCUCUCAUCCUUUGUUAAAUUUGUUCCCCUAGACUCCACUUCUUAUAGGCCAACUACAGGAGAUCAUGUGGCUAUGAUACAAGUGAACAGGUUUGCCUGCGGUGGUAUUGCUAUUGGUAUUCUUGUAUGCCACAUGAUUGUGGAUGGAAAUACCUUAAGCGUCUUUCUCAAAGAUUGGGCUGCCAUGGCUUGUAAGGUUGAUGAGGCUACAUGUCCUAAUUUUGAUGCCCAGACAAUUUUCAUACAAAACGAAGCAUUUUCUUCUGCAAAAACUGCUUUCUCCAAUCCUUUUGUCAGAUCAAGCACUAGGCGUGCAGUUACAAGGAGAAUUGUAUUUGAUGCGUCAGCUAUUGCAUCACUUAAGGCCAAAGCAACUAGCUUAAGUGUACAAAAUCCCUCGAGAGUUGAGGUAGUCUCCGCACCCCUAGGUAAAUGCACCAUGGCUGCCUUCAAGGCCACAUCCGGCAUGCAGAGGCCAGCUUUUAUUUCUCAUGCAGUGAACUUGCGCCGAAGGGCAGUUCCACCAUUCUCCGAAUCUUCUAUGGGGAACUUCGUUUGGACAGUAGGUGCAUUGUGCAGCAUGGAUGAUGAUGAGGAGAUCGACCUACCAUCCAUGGGAAGGAAGCUCAGAGAAGCAAUAACGAAGAUCAAUGGUGACUUUGUGAAAAACCUACAAGGUGAUGACGGAUUUCCAAAUCUUAGUGAGAUUAUGAACUUCAAACAUAUAGCAUUCUCCAAUGCAGCAAGCACUUGUGAGAUGGAUCAUGUAGCUUUUACCAGUUGGUGUAACUUUGGUCUCUACGACAUUGAUUUUGGGUGGGGAAAGCCGAUGUGGAUAAGCCAUAGUGGUACAAGCGAUGACAAAGAGAGCUGGAUCCCAAAUGUGAUAUUGCUAAUGGACACAAAAUCCGGCGGUGGAAUAGAAGCAUGGGUGUGGUUGGAUAAAAAAGACAUGCUCAUGUUAGCACAAGACAACGAACUCCUUGCUUUCGCUUCCUUGGAUCCUAGCCCUUUAAACUAG